AUGGCGUCUCUCCGCUCUCUCCUCCGUCCUCUACAACACGUCCGGUCUCUCUCGACCGCUUCCUCAGCUGCUACCUCGAGCUCACCUUCACCGCGACAUCUCCUGUCCAUCUCGAACCUGUCACCGACGGAGCUGGCAACCCUAGUCAACAAUGCCAUAGCACACAAAAACUCCAAACUACCCACAACAUGGCCGCUCCGAAACGGCCUCUCGAACAAAACGAUAGCGCUGAUCUUCUCAAAGCGAUCGACGCGGACACGAGUAUCGACUGAAGGCGCGGUUGUCGCGAUGGGCGGACACCCGAUGUUUCUCGGGAAAGACGACAUCCAACUAGGAGUCAACGAGUCGCUAUACGACACGUCCGUAGUGAUCUCGAGUAUGGUGUCCGGGAUCGUUGCGCGAGUCGGGCCGCACUCGGACAUUGCCAAUCUGGCCAAAGACUCGUCUGUGCCGGUGAUCAAUGCCCUCUGCGACACCUACCAUCCCAUGCAAACCAUCGCGGACUUUGCGACGUUGACGCAAACGUUCUCCACGCCCGCGGAAAAGCUGAAGGGCCUGAAGAUCGCGUGGGUGGGCGACGCCAACAAUGUCUUGUUCGACAUGUGCAUUGGCGCCAGGAAGUUGGGGGUUGAUAUGGCAGUGGCCACCCCAUCGGGAUACGGCAUUCCCGACAAAAUCAAGCAAGAAAUCGAUGCUGCAGGUCCAGGAACGCUGUUAGAAACAAAUACUCCGGAAGAAGCCGUCAAGGGAGCAAACAUCAUCGUGACGGAUACGUGGAUCUCCAUGGGCCAGGAAGAGGAGAAGGCAAAACGAUUGCAGGCCUUCAGUGGAUACCAGGUGACAGAGGAUCUGGCUCGACGGGGUGGCGCCGCUGAGGAUUGGCGCUUCAUGCAUUGUCUGCCUCGACACCCCGAAGAAGUCAGUGACGAGGUAUUCUAUGGAAAGAGGUCGUUGGUUUUCCCGGAGGCUGAGAACCGGUUAUGGUCGGCCAUUGCCACUCUCGAGGCGUUCGUCGUCAACAAAGGAGAAGUCAAAAAGACCGAGCAAUGA